UGCAUCGCCAUGCAUACCAUGACCAUCCAUUCAUUCAAUUCUACCAUCUUCUUCUACUUACUCUGGUGCAGCUUGAGGAUUGAAAGGGGGUGGGAAACACAUCAACGCAACAAUUCCAUUGCAAAAUUAGUCUCACUGUAUCUAUCGUAUAAAUUUGCCCCGAUACCCCUCCGCGGAAAGUACAGGGCAGAUUUGUUUCGAAAAUAGCUACUAAUUCGAAUCCCUCCGUAGAAGGUCCCGUUGAAUGGCUUUCGCCGCGCCCGCCAUUGGUUCGACCUUACUUUCACGAAUUUUUCGUCCGUUCUCCACCAGUUCUCCGUUUCUCUCUUUGACACCUGAAUCCGCAUCUCGCACCAUGUCGGACAACACACAGAAGGCAACUCUGGCCGCCGGCUGCUUCUGGGGCGUGGAACACCUGUUCCGCAAGAACUUCGGUAAUGGGAAGGGUCUCUUGGAUGCGAAGGUUGGGUAUAGUGGUGGAUCGACGGCGUCGCCUUCGUAUCGAGCUGUGUGCACCGGAGAUACCGGCCAUGCCGAAGCGGUGCAGGUGACAUUCGAUCCCUCCAUCGUGAGCUAUCGUUCUCUUCUGGAAUUCUUCUACCGCAUGCACGACCCCACCACCUUGAACCGCCAGGGACCAGAUGUCGGUACACAGUACCGUAGCGUCAUCUUCACCCACGGAGACGAACAAGAGCAGAUCGCCAAAGAUGUAUCCGAGAAGGUGAGCAAAGAGUGGUACAAACAGCCUCUUUCCACGGUCAUUGUGCCUGCGGGUCAAUGGUGGGAUGCGGAGGAGUACCACCAGCUCUAUCUGUCCAAGAACCCGGCGGGUUAUGAAUGUCCUGCUCACUUCGUGAGAACCUUCCCGCCUCUUUCUGCCUGACUGAAGGUUAGAAUAUGAUGGAUAGUAGAUGAAAAACUUAUCUUCCUUUUUUCUUCGGUCUUUAUGUGAUUUGUCUGGCCUGGUUCUGUCUUCAUGACGAUUUGCAGGAUGAAUGCUUCAUGGAAAUGUGCGGCCUAUCUAGGGCGACGCGAGAUGUGUACUGUACAUCUCCCAAAUAUUAUUUACAUAUCUCAUAAGGUCUAGGUAUCUUGUCUCCGUAGCACCACUUAUCGAUCAUUGAAAGAACUAGGAGGAUUGGCCAUGUUCCUAUCACACUUUAU